AUGGAAUCGUGUCUUGUUUACGAAUCGCCCUCAGUGUGGGGGUUUUUGGUGGGGGUUCUUCUGGCGUUGGGAAUCUACGUGUCCUAUGUCCCCCAGCACGUCAAGAUCAUCAAUAGACGAACAAGCGAGGGAUUGUCGCCACUGUUCUUGUUCCUGGGGUCCACGUCUGGAUUCUCCGCCUUUGUGAAUCUGCUGCUCACAACCGCCCCAGCACGCCAAUGCUGUGUUUCCGAGCUCGACAGGUUCCAAUGUCUCAACUCGCAGGUCGGUCUGAUCCAGGUCGGAGUCCAAACCGUGGGAUAUACCCUGAUUCUGGUUCUAUGUGCCCAUUUGACAAGACCCAGAAUAGAGACCCCGGAUUCGGACGGGGCAAAGAUCGCCAGGUCGUACAAAUGGUUUCUGGUGUAUGCGGGAGUCAACCUCGCAAUUGCGGUGUAUUUUCUCGUGUUUGUCACAGAUUACUCAAAAACACUCAAAUUCGCAAACCUAAGCGGACUCGUCUCCACAGUGCUCGCUACCGGACAAUAUCUCCCGCAAAUCCACACAACCUACGUUCUGAAACACCCGGGCAGUCUGUCGGUGCACAUGAUGAUGCUGCAAACUCCCGGGGGCUAUCUGUGGUGCUACUCGUUGUUCAUGCAACCGGGCUCCAGAUGGAGCAGCUGGCUACCAUACUUUACGGCCGCAAGUUUACAGCUCAUUCUACUGCUGAUGUGCUUGUACUUCCGCGAAACACACCCUGAACAGCAAAACGAUGGGUCGCCUUUAUUGGUCUAA